AUGGUACAACACACAUGUGAUGCUAGUGAAGCAUCGUAUUUUUCUACGUCGACGGCGUCGACUACAAAUUCGAAGAAUACUUUACCAAUAGCUGCGCAAUUCUCUUCUUAUACUAAUAUUGAUGAAAUAUUAAAUGUAGACUAUCAAGUCGAACAUCAAGAUAUUGACGCAAAUUGGUAUCGACGAUAUUUUUAUGGAAAAGACCAUCCAACUUUUAUAGGAACUAUUGAACCAUAUGGACCGGUUAUAGUUUCAAUUAUUCACGAUACGUCUCACAAUCUUGGUGAUAUAUAUUGGUAUAGAUACAUUGUUCGCAAAAAAGAGGUUUCGGAUCAUCGUGGUGUGUUGGCUGGUCAAGCUUACUUUGGUGAACCAAUAUGGGAAGAUCUAUUGAAAAUGAUUGAUAGAAAUUUUGUACCACACCGUUUGACGAAAUUUAUAACCACACCUGAAUUAAGCCAAGAACUAUUAAGUUUAGAUGAAUCAAGGGCACCAUCACAAGUAUUCGAAGAAGAAUGGUUUUCAAAUACAACUCCGUCACCUGAAUAUGAAAGGUUUCUCAAUUUAUUGGGAAAUAAAGUUGAACUGCAAGGAUGGCAAGGGUUUGGGGGUGGAUUAGAUACGAAAACGGGGGGAUCCGGUAAAUAUUCUAUUUACGAUAGUGGAACAUGGAAAGAUUUCGAGAUAAUGUAUCAUGAAAUGGUAAAUGUUGUAUGCAUAGUAUUUCAAGACGUUUAUAAACCAUUUUCUCCAUUUGCGAUACGUUCACAAUUCUUACACGUAUACGUGAUAGUCAGUCCCGUACGUUUGAACAACGAAAAUGAUGCAUAUAGGGUUGAGAUAAUGUGCAAAGAAGGUGUUCCAAGUUUCGGUCCUGCGUUACCCGAGCCACCAAUCUUUUAUGAUCCGGUAUCAUUAAAGAAAUUUUUAGUUGCCAUAGUAAUAAAUGGUCAAAAUGCUGCUUGGAAAACUCUAAAAUUAGCAGAACCAUUCCUUCGAGCCCGAAGUGGUAUAGUGAAUGACAUUGCCAAAAAAUAUACACCGUUAGUACUCACACCUUUAACACCUCCACAAUCACCAAGGAAAAUUCCACGAGAUGAUUUCGAUAAUACUUUGAAACGUCUUUUUGCUAAAGAAUUAAAGCCAAAUGGAUCAUUACCCGACCUAAUGCAAGUAAAAUCAUUACUUGAUAAAGGUGCAAAUCCAAAUAUUAGGAUACCACAACCUAAACAGUCUCGGGAACAACUCAAACAACAAUCAGCAAUGUCAACUUCAAAUUAUUAUAAUUCUAAUUCGGAAUCAUGUGAAAGUGACAAAUUACCAAAUAUACUAUUUGCUGCAAUUGCGUUAUCAGAUGAUCCAGUAUAUGCAAAAUUAUUAAUUAAUUAUGGUGCCGAAACGAUGCCUCGAGAUCCUCAUUUUCCAAAUGCGUUUGUAUUUGCCGCAAGGUAUAAAAGAGUUGAGAUAAUGAGAUGUUUGUUGGAGAAUGUACCGUCAUUGAGUGAUCCAGAGUCUGUUGAUGCCGCUAUUGUUGAACGUAGUAGUAGUAAACAUUCUAUCGGAACUAAAUUGUGGGAAGAAGUUAAAAGGCUAAAAAAUUCAAUUAUACAUUAA